CGUGCCGUUUUAUUCCUCUUUGACUCUUGAGAUUCAAUGAUCUAAUUAUAUUCGCCGUUUUUCUUAUCCAUAAUUUCAAAUGAAGGCUCAAAACCGAAGUUUUCUGUGGACCUCACCUUCUCUCAAAUGGCGACAGGAGCGAGGGAGGGGGAAAAAAAAUCCAGAACCAGGCUGCCAAUCAACGGAUACUGAGAUGGCGGUUUCUCCGAUUCAUCUCCAGGUUCCUUCUGCUUGUUCGCUUCCUCCAUCUUCUCCGUUCGGAUCACUCGCUCCUUCUCUGCGCGCUUUUCCUGCUGCUUCGUCGAUUCGAGUGUCCAGAAACUUGGAUUCCUCUGUACGGAUUCGCUUCAGUCGUCGGUCCUCGAUCGUCAGAUACGACGAUCACGGCGGAGAAGACGAAGAAGACGGCGGAGAUGAGGAUUGGAGCUUCGAGGAAGCGGUGGAACUCUUCAACAGGCGGGAUUACUACAGAUGCCACGACGCGCUCGAGGCUCUGUGGAUCCGAGCAGAGGAGCCUCCUCGAACCCUAAUUCACGGGAUUCUUCAGUGCGCCGUCGGAUUCCACCACCUCUUCAAUCACAACCAUAAAGGAGCAAUGAUGGAACUGGGAGAAGGGAUCUGUAAGCUGAGGAAGAUGAACUUCAACAACGGACCGUUUCACGAUUUCGAGCAAGAAGUGUCCGCCGUUCUGAACUUCGUCUACCAAACGCAGCUCGAACUGGCCGCCUGUUCAGAAGACAUGUGUUUGGCGAUGGACCAAUCGGACAGGUCGUAUCAACUUCUCGGAGGUUAUGCAGCCGGACAGAACGUGUAUCGGCUAGAGACCGUUGUCGACUUCAACAAUGGAAUGUCCGAAACAACUUCAAUCGUGUUCCGUCCUCCGGGUUCUUCUUCCUCCGCCUCAUCUGAGCCUCCUCACGUUAAGCUCCCGACCCUCGAUGCCUCGGAGGAUCAUCUCUCUGCUUUUGCAGGUACCUGGAGCUUUUGAGAAUCCAAGACCAGUUCAUAGAAAUAGCCGUUAGAUUUGUAUCUGCAGUAUAUAUACACACACACACGCUCAGAGAUUUGAUUUGCUGAUACAAAUGUCUGAUGCAAACUACAACAUGAAAGGGAUAACAUUCUUGUCGGAACAACCAGUUGACCAAAAACAGUUUUAAAACUCCAUGAAUGAAAUUAGAACAGCAACUAGGAAUA